UCCCAGGAUUAAUUGGAAUUCUUCAAAAUGUCAGGUGUGGUCCCCACAGCCCCUGAGCAACCUACAGAUGAAACAGAGAAUCAAAUAAAGUCUCCUCAUCCAAGGCCUGAUGCUCCUCCUGACUACAAUUCCCAUUUUGUACUAGGACCCCCUGGACCAGCUGUCCCUGCACCUGCAGGCUACCCAGGAGGCUUGCCUGUGGGAUACUACAGCCUGCAGCAUCCCUGUGCCUUCCCCUCAUACCAGCUACCUGGUGGUAUUCAUCCUAUGCAGUACCAGCCUGGCAAAUAUCAUAUGCCAAAUCAGCCUGUUCCAGUAACAUGGAUGCCAGGGCCUGCUCUUAUGCCAAACUGUCCUCCUGGUCUGGAAUACUUAACCCAGUUGGACAACAUACACGUCCUUCAGCAUUUUGAGCCUCUGGAAAUGAUGACAUCUUUUGAAACUAAUAAUAGAUAUGAUAUUAAAAACAACCUGGACCAAAUGGUUUACAUCGUAACUGAAGACACAGACGACUUUACCAGAAAUGCUUAUCGGACGCUAAGGCCCUUUGUCCUCCGGGUCACCGACUGUAUGGGCCGAGAAAUCAUGACAAUGCAGAGACCUUUCAGAUGCACCUGCUGUUGCCUCUGUUGUCCCUCCACCAGGCAAGAGCUGGAGGUGCAGUGUCCUCCCGGUGUCCCCAUUGGCUUUGUUGCGGAACACUGGAACCUGUGCAGGGCUGUUUACAGCCUCCAGAACGAGAAGAAAGAAAAUGUGAUGAAAGUGCGCGGGCCGUGUUCAACCUACGGCUGUGGUUCAGAUUCGGUUUUUGAGGUCAAAUCCCUUGAUGGCAUGUCCAACAUUGGCAGUAUUAUUAGGAAGUGGAACGGUCUGUUAUCAGCAAUGGGCGAUGCUGACCACUUUGAAAUUCACUUCCCAUUAGACCUGGAUGUGAAGAUGAAAGCCAUGAUUUUUGGAGCUUGCUUCCUCAUUGACUUCAUGUAUUUUGAAAGAUCUCCACCACAACAUUCAUCAAGAUAGAUGGACACAGCAAAUCAGCAAUUAUGGCUAAUGAAAAAAAUUAGAAAAGUUGGAUCGGGCUUACAAUCCCCUGAAUUAUUUGCAAAUAUAUGUAUCUGCUUUUGCAGAUUAUUUUCACUGGUUAUUAGCUCU